AUGAUGUCGAAAUCUAUUGUCCUUCUUCUUCAGUUGAUUGUCAUCAUUUUUCAGUUUCAAGGUAAGAAUUAGACACAUAGCCUGCAGGACACUCGUGAAGAAUAAGGAUUGAUGACCUUCCAGACCAUUUCGUCUGACAAUUUGUUUGCGUAUGUAAUCAUGAUAUAAUUGAUAUUUAUAUAUCUAUAAAGACUUAUUAAAACCGUCAUAGUUAUGAGUUAUCCCGGUGCGAACGCCAGUUUUGUAGGGUGUAAACCGAGGCAAUUAGUUGUUUACAAAUUUUUAUCAGAAAACGAAGAAAUACAGUCUAAUAGCAACAAGGCGACAGUGGGCUUUCAAACCCUUCGACCACAAAUUCCAUCCCAGUAUCAUUGGUUUCUAAUUAGCUAUUUCCCAAAGUCCUGGGUCUAGUCGUGCAAAUCCAAUGUUGGAGGGACAAGAAAUACGGCAGCACACGUUUAAAUUAAAUGUUUAAUGUAAAAAAUAGAUAUUUCAUUUUUGGUCGUCUAAAAAGUUGAUUUUGAUAGUAGAUAUUUGACGCCUAUCACCAUAUAUUUUGUCCCUCCAAACUAUCCCAGAAUGCACUGUGAUCUCUAUUGGGAAAAGGCUAAUUGAAUUAAUCCUUUGACGUUUAAACUAAGAGAUCAUAAAUGAGAAAAUCAUAAAUUUUAGAAAGGGUUAUGUCACUCUUCGUUCUCUAUUUCAGGAGGUCUGGCCAAGCAUUACGGGACAGCUUACUCAUAUAUACUAAAAUCCAGUAUACUCAAGAGCUGCUCAUAUAUCUACCAAAAUCCGAUAUUCAUGAGCAUGCCCAUAAUAUAUUAAUACCAAAAUCCAGUAUACUCGUGAGCAUGCUCAUAUCUGAUAGAUAUAUUCGUAUAAUUAUGAGAUGUCAUUUCAAUCCUCCAAUUCGGACUGGACUAGAUUUCAAGUCUCGCAUUUUGAUCUAGUCUAGUCCAGCCCUCAUAGUCGGAUUUGAAAUAUUACAGCAAGUACACUCAUGAGCUUGGUCAUAUAUAUUUUAAAUCCGGUAUACUCAUGAGCAUAUCCGCCAUCUGCAGCACGAUCGAGCUCAGCGAGCCCACCUUUAAACCUAUAGUCUUUUUCUUUUUCAGAUGUACUUUGUAAGGCAUGUGAUCAUGACACAGCACACUCAAAAGACCAUAAAAAUCUCGCGAUGCGGUCAACGAUCUUUGAUUCUCGAGUCCUCAACAAAGUCAAAACUUUAUUCAGCGGGAGUGUUCAAACACUGGCCAAGACUACCACCACACAAACUGGACAGAAAAAAUCUAUUAUCACAACAGCCGAUGUGGAAAAGUCUCUUCAGGUAAAAAUCAACCCUCGUCAAUUUGGAAAUGUUUUGUUGAAUCAAGCAAAUGAAAAUGCCGCGAGAAAAUCCGAUAUUUUCAUGAACAAAGCGAUUGAUGCAACCGCUCUGGGUGUUGCAGUUCUUAAAUUGAUUUUCGGGAAAGAUGCUAAAAUGGUCAUGAAAGACGUGAAAAGUGAGGACACUCAGGCUAGUUUAAGAGCGAAAGAGCCACGACCUAAAAUCACUUCGUGGGCACCUAAUAAUUCUCAAACAGCCGAGAGAAAAAGUUUGAAGGAAGACAAGAAAAUAAAGUCAAAAGGGUCUGGUGGAAUUGGAAGAUUGAGUAUGAAUAUUUUUAAGCUGGUUAAAAGUCUCCAACCUUUAAAUGGUGAGAAAACAACAGAAAAUGGUGAAACGAAAUCAGUAAAGGAUAGUUUAGGGGGCGAUACCACGAGCCAAGAUAAGGAAAAGAGUUUCAGUGGAAGCGAAAGUAAUCUUGAAAGAUUGUUGUCGUUGAUGGAAGAGAGCAAAGCCAAGGAAACAACAGGAGACAAAAAGUCUUGGGUUUUGUUAAAAGUUCCUUCAAAGCAACCAAAAGAUGAGCUAGGAAUGUUAACUGAUCCUGCUGCAACCGAAGAUAACAGUGACGCUGAUAGCUCGCAACAUGAUCAUACAGGAAAGAUACACGAAAAUACAAGCAAAUCACACCACAGAAAGAAAGGAUCUCACACAAAGAAAAGCAGCAAAAAAUUGAUAACAAAGAUACAAGAUCAAGUUAAACACCUCGCAGAGUUAGUAAGCAAACAGAACGGCGGUGAAAAAGAAUCAGUCAUUCAAACAAAACACUAUAAGCUACCUGCGACAUCUCAACAAAGUUACGAAGCCAAGUCGCUUACAGCUUCAAGGAGAAUCGCUUCGAAGACUUUGAAAAGUGAACCGGUCCAAGAAGUGAAUGCUGUCAAAACUGACACAACCAACUAUGAAAACAGCGUGAAGAAUUUACUGAAGGCACUAGAGACAAGCGCACAAACACACUCUUUCCAUCAUGUGUCAAGGCAUGAGAAAGAGAGGGCUGAUAUAAGACCACGACAUCGUAAAAUCGAGUUGCUUCCUGUGAAGACAAAGGAAGAGGAUGCAUCAAGUAAAGAUGUAGUCGGUGGCACAAAUACUGCAGGUACGUACAGUAACAACUGACACUUCUCAAAUUUGAGUGAACAUGAAACAAUGGUAUGAGGCAGAGGCUAUGACAUAAAGAGGAUCAUAUAGUUUUCAGCCUCGAGUUCAAGCUAUUCAUUCAUGUGCAAUCAAACAAAUUGGAAUAUUUUAGAAACCAUAACUAAUAUACGUACAUGCUUGCCCAAGUUUUAAUGAAAAAUUUACAGGAGUAAUUUUAUUUAAUUUAAGGUGGCGCGGUCGUUUCACUUGAUGCUCUACGUCAGCUUGGCCAGUUAUUGGGCCUAUCCUCACAAAAGCCUGAGGAAAAGACAAUAUCUCCCUACACUGGAACUGCGGACACCCUCACACUAGCAACAGCCAUGCCACCGGAGGCCUUGCAAAAACCAACCCCUACAGUUCCUCCAGCGUCCCCUAAAGUAUCGCCAGCACCAGUUGUACAGGACAAUACAAACCCGCAAAAUUCCAUGACUCGAAUAAGUGAACGUAAGUCAGUACACUUACCUUCAGCCUAUUAGCCUGAGUAUCAGGCCCUGUUUUUCCUUCCUUAAAUGCGGGUGGCCCGAUAUACACUUGUCUUUGGCAAAGAAAAUAUUGUUUGCCUGUGCCAGUGUAGGUAAUGCCAAUAAUAACAAGGGAUGUUAGUAACGGCCCAAUGAAGGGCCUUCGCUCGAAACUUCUUCGAAGAAGGGCCUUCGCUUUGUAUUUUUCAGGCAGUUGCAUCCCUAUCAACGAAAGCUCGCCUGAUAAUUCGUCUGUGUAUUGCAGUCGAGCCGCGGCACUACACGAACCACAAAACAAAGUGUCGGUAAUAGAAAGAAAGGUCACCAGGCGAGACUUUUUUUAUUUAUUGGUUUACGGAUUUGACUUUAAAAAUAAGAGGUCGGUAGGUCGGAAAAAAAUUUUAAAAAAAACGAACUGAGUAUAAAUGAGAGCCGAAAUUAGUAAUCUUUAUCAAAUUUUUUAACGUCAAUUAAAAAAAAAAACACGCAAAAAACGUGGCUAUAAUCUACAUAUUGAUUGUCACAACGAUAACAUGAGCCAGCAGUACCUAGAGUCAAAGUUCACUUGAAGUGUACUUCAUGUAAGAACCCCAAAUUAAUUAAAAUUAACUAAAAUUGUAAAAGUUUUGACAUCCAAAUUUAUUAUUUUUUUUCACUUUCUGAAUAUUUACGGUCGGCAGAUCCGUAAACCAAUGAAUAAAAAAAGUCUCGCCCCAGCUGUAUUAUAGAAGUGUCAGUCAGGCGAGUCUUACUGAACAGUAGUUGAUGGCUGGCACCGUAUAACUCAUGUCUGAUCACGGAGAACAGAAGAGUUAGUUUGGGAUUUAUUCCAACCCAUCCUGUCAACAUUCCUUGUGAGAAGAAACCGGAGUAUACCCAGAGAAAACCACGACAUCCGGUAGAGCAUUGUUACCGACUCUUUUCAAAUAAAUGUCAUAAGUCCGCAACGACAAUCGAACCCAAGAUCUCAGAGGUGAAAGUCGCUUGUCCUGAAGACUGUACCACCGACGCCCCUGUAUAUAAAUUUAUGUGAUUGUUAAUAUGGCAAAUCGAGCUAGCCUGCGUAGCAGUCGCUUUAUUUUUUGAAGGUGUUGAGGUUUUUUUUCUAUCCCGCCAUUUAUUAAAAAAAUCCUCAAUAUUGAGAUAUUCCCAAAACCUUCAAAAAAUAAAGCGACUGCUACGCAGGCUAUAUAUUCGAGCCAGAAAGUGGUUCCAAAGUAAUUUCAUUUGUUUAGAACUGAAGAUGUUUGCAGAAAGGGGACUACGCAGCCACAAUGAUUACAGAAGAUUGCAUCACGCACAGCCUUUGAAAUGGUCUGAAGAUUUGGCGUCCGCUGCGGAGAAACUUGCUUACCAAGCUGCAAAGAAAGGCAAUGCAAGACGCUCUGAACUUGUCGAGAAAAAAGGCUAUGGCGAAAACGUUGGCAAGAUACCGAACACGGCCUUAGAAAACGCCGGGGAGGAAGCGACUAGACAUUGGUAUAAUGAAAAGCAGAAAUUCACAUUUACCGAUCCGGUCAUUGACGAGCAAACAAAAGCGUUUACGCAAAUCAUUUGGAAAGGGACGCAGACUUUAGGUAUGGGUGCAGCCAAAGACGACGACACUGGGGAACUUUAUGUAGUAGCAUUGUAUAGUCCCAAAGGAAAUGAUCAAGCCACUUUGAGAGAGAAUUUAGUUUCAGACGGUGAACGGCAUACUGAUGUGUAUGCGAGUAUUUUUAAGAAAAGUUUUGCUGCCCGACAUGAGUAG